UAGAUUCAUUCCUUUAAGGUGUUACCUAAUUAAUUAAGCAGUAAUAAAAAUGAUGUUUUUCCACAUAUUUUUAUUUAAAAGUACUAUGAAUCUUGUAACUAAUGUUUUUGCAUCUUGAAUAAAGGAAUUAACAAUGAAACCCAAAGUAAAAAAAGUUUAUGCUCGAAAGAACAGUAAGGUAAUCUCCAAUAGCAAUAAGCUUGUAGAUAGUUGUCAACCAAAAGGUGAUAUUGGACUUUCAACCAAUAUGAUAGAAGUCCAAGAAACCUGUGAGGAUUUAACAAUAAUAGAAGAUAUUAAAGAAGGAACUGUGAAACAAUUGGAAACACAAUCUGACAUUAGAAACAAUGCUGUUGUUGAUAUUUUGCUAGUUGGUGAUUUAGUUUGGUCCAAAAUACCAGGGCAUAGUUGGUGGCCUUCUAUGAUUUCGUAUGACCCAAACACAGCUGUGUACUUUAAAAAAUCAACCCGCACAUCAACAGCAGUAAAGUUCCAUGUUCAGUUUUUUGGUGACCAGUCCUUGCGUGGUUGGGUUUCAAAGUCCAAUAUUGUAAGAUUUCAAGGUAGAGAUCAUUUUGUGAGGCUGCCUGCAAGCAAACUGGGAAGCAAGAAAUUUGUAAGUCAGAAUCAUGAAAGAUCUUGGAAUAACGCCAUCAUACAAGCUGAACAGGCCUCUCUUCUAGAUAGACGAUCCCGCAAAUUAACCUAUGUGUUUAGUUACGAUAACCAAGAAAACCCAGAUAAAGUUAGGAAGAGUGUUAAAGAAGCAUUUAAUUCUAACAAAAAGACUAACAAGAAAGUUUCAAAAGCUGAAGAUAAGUGUACUGACAGUGGACGAUCUUUCAGAGGCAACAAAAUUCCACAUAAAUGUAAUGAUAUUGAAACAAAUGACUCAGUAGUUACUAAGUGUAUGGCGAAGAAAAAAGAAGAGUUGACUUCUAAGCCAGCAUCUAAAAACCAACAAAAAGUACCUCUUACUGAAAAGAAUUUAAAUUCUAAACAAGUUUUAGAAAGCGAAAACAGUAGUGACAGUGGAAUAGAAGACUUUGAAACUGAUCUCAUUGCAAACGAUAACUCGUUUGACAUCAUGGAGCCUUUAGGAAGUAAACGCAAGCGCAAACAAAAACUUUAUGAGGAUUUUCACACUGGCGAUGAAAUUAAGGAAGCAAUGAAAAUGAGACUUCUUAUGAUGGAAAAACCAAAAAGAGGACGAAGAAGCUCUAAGAGAAGUAUUAAAACAGACAAUUUUGAUAGUGCAAUUUCUUCUGCAGAUAGUGACGAUAUAAGUUUGAGAGAUCAUGACGUAAAACAAACAUUUGAAAUUGAGAAAGAAAAUGUAAAAUCUGAUUCAGAACAGUGUUCUUCUAAGUUGAGCCAAGAUGAUGCUCAUCAAACAAAUGCUUUGUUGGCCAAUGCUAUUUCAGAUAAUCCUAAACACAAGAAAUACAAGUCUUCCCAAGUAAAAUCGAAUGUAAGUUUAAAACUACAAAUAACUUCUAAUACAAUCGAAAAGAGAAAAGGAAAUAUAAAGGAUGCUGAAAAGUCUAUAAAGAGAAAACAAGGCUCAAUUCCUGUAACUACAAAAUUAAAAAAGCCGAAAUUGGAAAGUAAAGUUUCAGUAUUAAGUGUGAAUAAAAACUCUUUAAAAGUGGAUGAUGUCUCCACAUUAGAUAAACAGACUGACAAUGUUGAGGCAGUUCAAGAUUCUUCUCGAGCAAAACGUGAUCCAAAGGAUCAAUAUUGUGUGUUAUGCGAAGAAACAAAUGGUGAACUUUUACAGUGUAAAGGUAGCUGCCUUAACUCCUUUCAUGCAGAUUGCCUUGGCUUGAGUUCCAGACCGCAAAAAUCAUUUGUUUGCGAUGAGUGUGAGACUGGUUAUCAUACUUGUUUUUCCUGCAAAGAAGCUGGUGAUUUAAUCAAAUGUUCUCAGGUUUAUUGUGGAAAAUUUUACCAUCUGCAUUGCAUUCAAAAAAUAGCCGAGACUAAAUUUGAAGGAAAGUCAGGAAGUAAAUUUUUCUGUCCACUCCACUCCUGUCGAUAUUGUGCUGCAAGUAAAUCAUCUCAAAUGAUAUGUAAUGGUAAAAAACUACUAAAAUGCAUUCGUUGCCCAACGGCCUACCACCAAAGCACCUGUUUAAUUGCAGGUUGCGUUGUAUUAAGUCAGCACAAUAUGAUUUGUGACAACCAUUUUGUUUUGGACAAGACAAAAAAGAAUCAUAGCCAUGUGAAUGUAACGUGGUGUUUUGUUUGUUCUGUUGGUGGCUCAUUGGUUUGUUGUGAUACUUGUCCAGCGUCUUUUCAUCCUGGCUGCACUGAAAAUCUUACUGGCAUUCCAGAGGGAUCUUGGCAAUGCCAGGAUUGUCGUGACCACAAGAAGCCACGCUAUGGUGAUGUUGUUUGGGUUAAAUUUGGUGUUUACAGAUGGUGGCCUGCACAAAUAUGCUAUCCUGAUGAAAUCCCAGAGAGAAUUUCAAAUUUAACACACUCACUAUGUGAGUUUCCUGUUAUGUUCUUUGGUUCAAGAGAUUAUGCAUGGCUGCACUCUGGUCGUGUGUUUAAAUAUGAAGAAGGAGAUAAAGGUGGAAAUUUGAAUGGAAAUGUAUCAUUAGCCAAAUAUUUUAAGAAAGCAAUAGAGGAAGCUAAAGAGGCUUAUACUGAAUGUAUGAAGAAAAGAGAGCAAGAAGCUGAGGUUCUGGGCAAAAGAAAAUCGAACAAGCCACCACCAUUUAAAAAUAUAAAGACUAAUCGUCCUGUAUCAUGUGUCAGAACGAUUUUAGACCAAACUGAGUGGCCAGUAUGCGAAUGCAAACCUAGCGAUCCUUGCAAUGGAGAGUCUGAAUGUUUAAAUCGAAUGCUGUUGUUCGAAUGUAGUCCAAAAACAUGUCCUGCUGGGGAAAAAUGUUGUAAUCAGAGAAUGCAGAAAUGCGAAUAUGUCAAAUGCAAGCCAGUUAAAUGUGAAGGAAGAGGAUGGGGUUUGAGAGCAGAGCAAGAAAUCAAAUCUGGCGAUUUUGUUAUUGAAUACGUUGGCGAGCUUAUUGACGAAGAAACGUGUCAUAAACGUAUAAAACAGUACCAUGAACAGGACAUCUAUGAUUAUUAUUUUUUAACGAUUGAUAGAGAUAAUAUCAUAGACGCGUAUCCUAAAGCUAACCUAUCUCGCUUCAUGAAUCAUAGUUGCGAUCCGAACUGUGAAACACAGAAAUGGACUGUGAAUGGGGAGGUUAGAGUCGGGCUGUUUGCUAACAGAGAUAUUGCAAUUGGUGACGAGUUAUGUUUUAAUUACAAUCUGGAUUGUCUUGGUAACGAGAAAAAAGAAUGUAAAUGUGGAUCCGCUAAUUGCAGCGGAUAUUUAGGAGUCCAACCCAAAACUCAACAUGCCAUGUCUGUUGCUGAAAAAGCAAAAAAUAAGAUGCUUAAAGACAAAGAAAAAAGGAAAAUCAAAAGACAGAAGAUCAAGUUACAAAAAACCGUGCAUGAAGACGAUUGUUUUAUUUGUGGAGAUGGUGGAGAGUUAAUUUUGUGUAGCAGGGCAAAGUGCACCAAAAGUUAUCAUGUGUCGUGCUUGAAGUUGGAAAGCACUCCUCGCGGUAAAUGGCAAUGUCCUUGGCACUUUUGCGAUGAAUGCGGUAAGUUGGCUAAAGCCAUGUGUGCUCUAUGUCCAAACUCGUUUUGUGAUGCUCACAAAGAGUGCGAGUUGAUGGUGUUGCAAGAAGGCCUCCAUGUCUGUGUCGACCAUGCGAGCAAAGAAAUUACUGAGUUUAUGUCGAAAUAUAACCAGAUGGCCGAAAAGGACAACAAUGCAUCCGACUUUUCGCAGGGCGAAGGCAAUCAAGGUACAAGUACAGAAAAGAAACUGGACGCGAAUGUUGAUGUGGAGCCACAGAAUGUAGAUAUGGAGUGUGAAAAGAAAGCGAAGAAGAAAUCCAACACAAAAUUAAAAGAAAAAAAAGAGACGGAGAAGAAACCAAAAAUGUCCAAAAAUGUGCAUAGAAAAAGUAAGGCGAAAGUCACGGUAACGAAGAAAGGCGAAAAGAAGAAAGAUGUCCGAGUGAAACAAACUAACAAAGAAAAAGCUGUUGGAGUGAAACCUAAACUUAAAAACCGUGGGAAGGCUGAAGAAGAGCUUUAAAAGCUGAUGCUGCAAGUCAGCAUCUAUAGAAUGUUUCCAUUAUUUUAUCAAACUCGUAUUACAUGCUUACCAUUUGCCACCUAUAAUUUCAAAAUUUUACAUUUUUUUUACCCGGCUAAUAAUUUUCAAGAUAAAGCUUAUUAAGUUACUAUGACUUGCAGAAGUUUAAUCUUUGGAGUUUAAUCAAUGCCUUGCCCUCUUAUAAACCAUACCUAACAUGGUAAUUAUAGUUAACUGCGUGUCCUGUUUGCUUCUCAAAGUAAUUCAAGUUAAUUUGAAAGGCGUAUCCAUUUUCAGAAUUGAUUGAUUCACCUCGUAAGUGUGUUUUCGCUAGGUAGGAUAUUUUUUUCAUAAUUUGUCUAAUAAAACGUGCAUAAUGAGAUUAUUUGACUCGUAAUUUAUAAUCUAGCUAGACGAUUAAUUUGGGACCAACCCCGUCCCCAGGACUUGUUAGUCCUGGGGACGAGGUUGAUUUGAGACCUGGUCAAUCUAAUAAUUUUAUUGCAUUUUAACAGGGUUUAAAUCGUUUAGUGAUUUAUAAACCAACGACAAGGUAUUAAUUUUACGUAUAAUUUUUUUUGUAUAUUGACAUAAAUAUAACGUUUGUGUGGAAUUCGUGAAGUAGUAAUUUUCAUAAUUUUUUUUAUUUGAUGCCUAGAUUUUUUAGAAUUGAAAAUCUUCCCUCAAUGGGAUAAAAACAAAGAAAGGAUGCCAUUCCUAUUGAUUUAAAAAAAUAUAAAACAAACAUAACAGAUGAUUAUAUGAGAUCUUUAAAAUUGGCAUACAAUGUAAAUUUUUGAGUGUUUUUAAAGUAAACUUUUGACAAGGGGUGAAAGUUAUUUGGAGUUAUAAAAUAAGCGAUACGGUACGAGCAAAAUAAAGCCUCACCUGAAGUAGUGCAGGGACAACUUCGUCCCCAGGUCCUCUCAGAGAAAAGUCUUGGGGUGAGGGGUUGAUUACAUAGGAUCAACUUUGCAUUAGUGCCACUUUAGAAAUUGUUUAAAAUUUUCAGCUUGUUAGACAACAAAUUUUACCAUUUAUGUAGGUGUAUCCUUUCUGCUGUGUUUUAGCUUGUGAUUUACGUGUUAAGUAUUUAAUAGAAUAUAUAGACGAAGUAUUUUAAAUUGUUCUUAAACUUUGUAGCCGUUCUUAACCGUAUAUUUCCAUAUAUAA